AUGCCAACCGCCGAUAAACACCACUGAAGAAGAAGAAAAAGGAAAAAGAAGAAGGGAUAUUUGUAGCAAGUUACCUGUUUAGUGAGGGAUAAUGGGUCGCCACACCUCUGACAGCGAGGAGGACAGCCGUAGCAGGAGGAAGAAGAAGGAGAAGCACAGACGGCGCUCCUCUUCCUCCAGCUCCUCUGGCAGCCGGGUGACCAGCCGCAGCAAGAGGUCCAGCAGACGCAGCCGCUCGCGGAGCCGCUCCAGAGAGAGAGACAGGAGGUCUCGUGAGCGACGGCGGUCUCGCAGCAGGAGCAGUGGCCGGUCCAGCCGCAAGAAGAGCCGCAGCCACAGCCGAGACCACAGCAGGCGGAAGGGGCGCGACAAAGACAAGGAGAAGGACAGGGACAAUGGCAGGGACCGAGACAAGGACAGAGCCAAGGACAAAGACAAGAGACCCGACAAACAAGGGGACAGCACCUGCAUCAAAGCAGCAUUAGAACAUCUGACACCUGCAGAACAGGCCAGGGCUCGACUCCAGCUGGUGCUCCAGGCUGCAGCUAAAACCGAUGAGGUGCUGAAAGCCAAGGAGAGGAAGGACGAGGAGGCCAAGAAGAUGAAGUUGGAAGAGGGGACGUCGCUGGCGGAGCAAGUGCGAAGGAUAAAGGACAUUGAGGCCAUUGAGAGCGAAUCCUUUGUUCCCCAGGCUUUCAAAUCAUCCCGAGACGGUGUCAAGACCGAGUCAGUGAAAGUCGAGCAGGAACCGGAUGACCCACCUCUGCUCCUUCCAGACAUCAGCUCUCUACCUACCACAAUCCGCUACAACGACAGCGACACACUAGCACACCCCAGUUUGUUCCUGGACAAGGAGAAGGCCGAGGAGCUGUGGCUCAACAGGCUGAUGUCCCUCCGCCAGGAGAGGCUCAUGGGAAGUCCUGUGCCCUGAUUGGACCAGCAGCUCCCCGGACCAAUAGAAUCGUCUGAACUGAGGAAACUUUGGUCCUGGACUAAAUCCACCUGUCCUCACCAUGAGUAGGGCCAGGAGUUUUUCCUGACCACGUGACCUGGCUCUAGUUAGUCUAUCCUUGUCAGGUCACACAGUCAGGAACAACUCCCUGUUCCUAAACAUAAACCUUUAUAAAUGUUUAUUGAACCUCUCAUUCACUGGACUUCCCUCAGACUUUUUGUCAAGAAACUUCUGUCUUUUUAAGAAGAUUCAUAUAUAGUUGAUUUGUUUAUCCCAAAUGAGUUGUUGAAAUGCACAGAAAAUGUGCACUGUCUGUUGGAUAUAUCAAACGUUGAUAAAUUGUGUUUGUGUUAAAUUUGAAUAAAUAUUCUCCCCGGUGAAGAAAAGCCUUGA